AUGCGUGACAAGACGGAGACAGUAAGUCAAACUUCGACAUCAUCGAAAGGCUCUUCGUUUUUCAUCGAGAAUUUGUUGGGCUCGAGUCGAAGUGAGACGUCGGUAAGUCCUGUAAAGGAUGAUGCUGCUGUCGAGAGUCGACGAGAGACGGCUCUGCGGGACAGAGUCACAGUCGAACAUUAUGGUGAAGUGCGCGGUCAAGCGUCCAGCUCCGCUUUGAAAACCGAGAUGUGCAGAAGUCGACAGUCGCCUCUCCAGUGGUACGGCCAGACAUCCUUCAACUUUAGAAAUUUUGAACGACCCGAGAGUCCAAGAGACGAAACCCGCAGUUCAGACGAGCAGAGUCAUUCAGUCUUAAGUGACCGUGACUCUCCAGUCGGAGUCGAGUCUAUAGAUGGAGCCGACGACUGCUAUCAGAAAACAAGAGACUGCCAGGCGGACGAGAACGAGGAUGCAACGCAUAUUUUCGAAGAGCGCUCUGAACCGGACACACCAGAAGUAGGCUCGGCCCGCAAGAAAAAGACCAGAACGGUGUUUAGUCGGAGCCAAGUCUUUCAACUGGAGUCCACGUUCGACAUGAAACGAUAUUUGAGCAGCUCUGAGAGAGCAGGCCUGGCGGCCUCGUUACACCUGACUGAAACUCAAGUGAAAAUCUGGUUCCAGAAUCGCAGGAAUAAGUGGAAAAGACAAUUGGCCGCCGACUUGGAGGCCGCAAACAUUACGCACACGUCUCAACGGGUUGUUAGGGUUCCAAUUUUGUACCAUGAGAACGCCACACCGACGUCGGCGUUGAGUUUUAAUGUGCCGCAGGUCUCACCACCAAUCAUAGGGUUCUCCACUUCAGUGAAUUAUCCCCUCACAUCUUUUGCUCACUCCAUGAAUUUGCUACGGUCGCAGAUGACUGGCCUUGUGUAA